GCGUUGAUUUUUCUUCCCUCCAUAAACAGAGACAACAAGCUGACAAGGAGAGCCACGUUGGCGUGAAAAUUAAAAUAAUAUUUAAAACGUAAAAAAAAUGAUUUAUUUUUCCUCUCACUACAUUUCGUAUUCUGUAAGUAUAGAUUAUUUGCAGGUGUUUGCUUCAUCAGACAAAAAUGGGGUGUGUGAGUUGUGAAUAGCUUUGGCUCUUCCCUUCAUCGCGAAGAACUAAAGAUUAUGAUAAUCCCGUUAACUGAUUGGGUGAGUACUGUAAAGAAACAACAAUGCCGACACUCGUCAAAAGUAAAGAUCGACAGCCGUAUAAUCAGCCUUGGUGGCAUCAAGAAGAUGCUUCGGUUAAUCCUGUAAAUCAAGCGACUAAUGAAGCGAUCUCGAACGAUACAGAAACCACUGCAGCUCUUUUAUCUGGGGUAAACGAAAGCAAUAAUGGGAAAGAGGAACAGCUCCUCGACGCGAAUUCACAAAUGGAACUUGUCGGCCAUUCAAUUAUGCUGACGUCGUCGUAUCCAUAUCCGACGGGCCCACAAUACGGGGGAAUGUUGACUUACGGGGCACCGGUGCAUCCUCAUUUGCUCGGGUAUCUGCCGGGAGCAAGGAUGCCGUUGCCUCUUGAAAUGGAAGAAGAACCUGUCUAUGUGAAUGCAAAACAGUACCGCGGGAUUUUGAGGCGACGAGAGAUACGAGCAAGGGCGGAUUUGGAAAAGAAAUUGGUCAAGAACAAAAAGCCUUAUCUUCACGAAUCUCGGCACAAACAUGCAAUGAAAAGGGCAAGAGGCACCGGGGGCCGUUUCCUCAACACAAAAAAACUCGACGAAAAUGCAAACAAUUCCACUUCCGGUGAUUCAAAAUCCAGCGGAAGUAGUUCAAUCACCAACGGGAACAGCUCAUCAUCUCGUCAGCAAGCUGACGUGGCAGUUUAUUACAACAACUGGAACGAGGCCCCUCCACAAGGGCCUUCUUCAGGUUAACGAAGAAAGCUCUUACCCGUUUUUUUCUUGUGAUGGAUGACGAGUCAUCACUACUGCCUCUUUUUUAACGGAGGUCGAUUAGCUGCGCUGACUCGUUUUCUUCUUCUUACAUAAAAACGGGGUAAGUUCUUUCUUCCUCUGGCAUGUCUUAUUCUUGUCAGGCAAUUCAUUCUUGGCUUGGUUUGGUUACUUGUAUGGUGUAGUAGUGGAUGAGACAAUGUUGGGAAAUUUAAGGUUUUAUUAUUAUGUUUGUCCAUUUCUUCAUCAUUGCAAUAUUCCUCUUGUGUAAAUUAAGUAGAGUAUGAAACUAUUAUUAGUUGAACCUCUUUAAAACUUUGGAGGUGUGGAUUUUUCCUCUGUAUUUCAGUCAUAUACUUGUUUUGAC